AUGAUGUCAGAUUAUUUGUUUGGUACGGGGAUGGAUGAGACAAUUAGAGCCCAGAACCUCUACAACAAGACAUAUUUCUAUGUGUUUAAUUACAAGUCAAGAUAUGACUACUUACCUACAUGGAGAGGUGUUGCACAUGGACAAGAGCUACAGUACCUGUUUGGUUUCCCAUAUUUUAAUGAAACAUACACAGAUUUAUUUGGUGUGUAUCCAAGACAAGAGUACGACAAGAAUUACAGUGAUAGGAAUGUCAGUGAAUACAUGAUCAGUUUGUUUACCAACUUCUCAGAUUCAGGGAAUCCUACAGACACAAAAUUUUCACUGAGCAAUUUUAACAACAUAGCAUGGCUAGAAUACAAUUUACAGAAUCAUUCAUACCUAGACAUCGGGAAUAAAUCAAAAAAUAGUGUGAACUAUCGGCAGAGAAAUUACGCAUUUUGGCGGGAGUAUUUUCUUGCUGUUUCAAACAGAGAGACAUAUUUUACUACACAAGCUCCAGAGAGUGAACAUGCGACGAUGUAUGAGUAUGCCACGUGGUCAGUGACAGCAUUAGCAAUAGUGUUAAUUAUAAUAGUGACAGCUCUUGGGAUUGUGAUAUGUAGGAUGAGACCCAGGGAUUACUAAACAUUGUGAUGUCUGGCUGUUUAACAUACUGCUUAAUACAACAUUCACCCUACUGAUUUUUCAUCAUGGACUUUUCAUGCUUUGAAAACAGAAAGUUGAACUUUCAUUAAUUUUGUUAACACUAUUAAUGUUUUUAUAUAAAAUUGCUAAAAUUGUGCCAUCAAUAGUACAGAAUUAGUGGCCACAUACGGAUUACCAAGGAAGUGAAAAAUGGCCAUGUUCCUCUGAACGGAAAACUGACCAGGACCCAUGGACGAGCAUUACGGGGCAGGCUCUACAGAAGUGAAAACAGACUAUGCUCUAUACUUGUAAUAUUGGCAAGUUGUUAUUGCUGUAAUCAUUUAAAGUGUUGCUUUUCUCUCAGUUUGUUAAAAAAUCAGGCAUGAUAUUUCUGUUCUAUGUAUUUUUAGCUCGACUUUUCGCAGAAUAAUCGAGCUAAUGCAGUCACCCAUUUGUCGGCGUCAGCGUCCCUGUGGUUAAGUUUUUGCAUGUAAGCUAGUAUCUCCAUAACUACUGAAGGGAAUGGAUUGAAACUUCACACACUUGUUUUCUGUGAUUAUCUAAGAUGAUUGGCACAAGUCCCAUUACUCUGAUUUGCUUUUUUACAUAAUUAUG